AUAGUUCCAACGAUGAAAUGGUGGAUCGAUGCAGAUCCCUCUGGGCUGGUUUGGACUGGCCUGGAUUGCGACGAUGACCUGGCGCUCAUCGCAGCCAAAGCACUGGAGGAAGCAGGGGAAAUGGAGAUGGCCGGCCUGUCGAUUUGUGGAGGCAACGCGCAGUUGGCCCACACCUGGCCCAACGCCUUGAAGCUCCUGCAGACCAUUGGAGCAGCCUGGAAGGUCUUCAAAGGUGCAGGAUGGCAGCAGAUGCAGCCCGCCUGGGCCUCCUUGCGCCUCCUUGGACGGCUGAUGCGAGGCGAGGAGGACUCCGAGGAUGCCGUGGAGGCCCUGAUUCAGACAGCCUCCUCGAUGCCUCCCCAGUCUCUGAACGUUUUGAUGCUGGGCCCUUGCACCAACCUGGCGCGGGCCCUCCAACGGGCUCCAUGGCUGGCGAGUCAUUUGAAGAGGGCCGUGCUCAUGGGGGGAGAGCUGACUGGGCGUCGCCUGGACUUGAACUUCAUGUCGGACAGGGCGGCUGCCAGACAUGUGAUUUCAGCCAACUUGCCAACAGUCAUUGUUCCCAUUCAGACCUGUGCACAGAGCGCAGUGACUGCUGACUUUGUGCGCAGAGUGGAAAGCUGCGACUCGGCGGCACGUGCUGUGCUUCCAAAGAUGCGGUUGCAGACGUGGCUCAUGCCGGUCCUGGUGAACCGCCGUGUGCAAGUCGCGCUGGAAGGUUUGCCACGUAGUGCAGCGUUAGAUGCAGGCUUCAUACCAUGGGAUGUGGUGGCUCUGCUUGCGGCGGUGAGACCCCAUCUUUUCACGGGCUGGGACUUCCUGGAAGUGGCAUUUCCGAGUUGUUCGCAAGAACCCUGCAAUGGCACCAUGUUGACUCAACCUUCGGAAGCUACGGGAUCUCAUAGCAACCAUAGCAACAUUGUGUCGGUGCCAAAAUUCAUCACCAAUGAAACUCUGAUCCUGGAGACCAUGCUGGAGCUGCUUUGCUCGGUGUCUUCAGUAGAGCCUUUGCCCAGCUUGGACUGGGGAUUUGGCCGUGAAGUCUUUGCUGCACUGAAUUCUUUGCUUGUGAUCUGCGUCCUGGGCGUCCUGCUAUUUUGGAUGAAAAAGAAGAGACCGACUCUGAUCUGGCCCCCCUGGCCCCUAGAUCCCGUUUGUUUUUGCAUGGUGGUUGGAUUCUUAGAUUAG